AUGGGAUGCGGGGCGUCGAAGCAGAGCGCCCCGAUAGCAACGGCACCGCACGAGGGCGAUCAUCCCGCCAGCCCGUCGUCGGACGAUGGAGAUUACGAAUUUUUUGACGCGCGGGACGACGCGCUGUCGCUCCCGAGCUUCAUGCGGGCCAAGUCGCUGAAUCGGUUGAAGAGCAUGGAGGAGGAUAGGAUGGAUCACCCGUCGAAGACGCUUCGAGUAUCGUCUAUAAAUCGGUGGCGAAGCGUGUCGGAUAAGAUCGGGGAUGGAGAGAGCGAAAUGAGCAAGUGCGUCGUUCCGCUGUACGAGGGUGGUAUGGAGACGUUGGCGGAUGAGAACUCAGCGGCGUCGUGGAGCAAGAAUCCCGACGGUGUCGGUUUCAAACUUCGAGGCCAGUCGUAUAAGAAGGACAAGAAAAAAGUUCCGAGCGAGGCGCCGUUCUACGACGUCAAGGCUGUGCUGGCGUUCAAGAGCGAUGAAAAAGUGGGUGACUGGAUCAAAAACAUCUUUGCAGACGACUUAGGAACGAAGAUCAAGGGUGAGGUACCGACGGUGCUGAUUAUCAACAUCAUGGUCCCCGACUACAAGCCCACCGGUGGGUACUUCGCGAAGAAGGAGAACCAAGGCCCGGGUCACAAUGUCGUUCUGUUGUGCAAAAUUAGCGACUUUGCACGAGAGAAGUUCGAGAAAACUGCAAACUGGGAUGACCUGCCGGCCGAUUACAAGUUGCUGAUUCGAUACGUCAAGGGUGAUGGCACGGGUAAGGUCGAUACCUUUCCGCACGAGAUGGCAGUUCGCCGACAAACGAAGAUGGUUGUCAUGGUCGUCACGGGACACCAACACUUGCCUUGGAUUGUGCGCCAGGCAGUGAAUCACGGGAAUGGCAAACCAUUCAUGGUGAAUAGGACUUCGUCUUACAUCGAGCGAUCGGGGGCUCUUGAAGUUAACGUCGAUGCGCAUAAUUUCAGCAACGUUGCGUUGAAUGGACUGCGCACGGUGCACACGUCACUGGGUAAACUGAUCCUCGAUGUGGGCGCUACGGUUCAAGGGGAAGAUGAAUCAGAACUACCGGAACGCCUGUUGUUCUCGUGCAGAAUCAACUACGCCAAGAUAGAACUUAUAGAGGCCCACGUAGACAUGCUCGAAGAGUAUCCGUCGGAUCGAGCUUGGCUAAAUGCGAUCCGCGAGAGAUUGACUUAG